CUUCUACCCAUUCGCGUAUGGUGGCGACAGUUACGACAUGGACAGUGCAUGGUUAAAAUUCUUGAGAAUUUGUUUCUGUUAAAAAUUUGCAUAAUUGUUGAGUUAUAAUUUAGGAACAACUGUCCACCUAAAAUGUACAUAAAAAGUACAAUUUGCGGUGUGUUCAACAUACACAAGAGUUAUUCGUUCAGAAAUGUUAAAAUAUUUCGAAAAACAAUCAGACAGCUGCCUAUGAUAUACAAAAGACGAUACUCCUCAGCGAAUGAAGAUAGAGAAGUGGCCGAGACUCCAUUAGAAAAUAUUCGAAACUUUAGCAUAAUCGCUCACGUAGAUCACGGUAAAAGUACUCUGGCAGACCGUUUACUGGAAAUAACGGGCGCAAUAAAACAAAAUGCAGGAGCACAAUUCCUGGAUAAAUUGCAAGUAGAAAAAGAAAGAGGGAUAACCGUGAAGGCUCAAACGGCAUCAUUGAGAUACAACUACAAAGGCAAAAAGUAUCUAUUAAACCUGAUUGACACUCCUGGCCAUGUAGAUUUUUCAAACGAAGUGGCUAGGUCUCUAGCUGCGUGUCAAGGUGUCAUUUUGUUAGUGGAUGCAAAUCAUGGUGUCCAAGCACAGACUGUGGCUAACUUUUUUCUUGCUUUUGGACGAGAUCUUAAAAUCAUUCCUGUAUUGAACAAAGUUGAUUUAAAAAAUGCAAACCCUGAACGAGUUGCUAGCCAACUAAAAACCCUAUUUGAUAUAGAAGAGUCAGAGAUUCUCAAAAUAUCUGCCAAAUUUGGAACAGGAGUUGACAAAGUCCUUGAAGCUAUUGUGGAGAGAUUGCCGUCACCACCUGUUAACAGAACUGGUCCCCUCAAAGCCUUAAUAUUCGACAGUUGGUUUGAUAAAUUCAAAGGAGCCAUCUCUUUGGUCUAUAUUAAUGAAGGUUCCAUUUCUGUAGGAGAUGUAAUUGCUUCUGUGUACACUGAAAAAUCGUAUGAAGUAAAAAAUCUAUUUAUUUUGACACCAUUUGAACAAAAUGUGAAGACACUAUUUGCUGGACAAGUUGGAUGUGUCACUUGCAAUAUGAAGUCGUCCAAAGAAGCUAUGGUAGGAGAUACUCUAUACUUGAAAUCAACCCCUGUUCAACCACUAGAAGGAUUUCAACCUGCAAGGCCCAUGGUGUAUGCAGGUGUUUAUCCCAUGGAUCAAUCUCAGCAUGGCGCCUUGCGUAGUGCUAUUGAAAAGCUUGUGCUCAAUGACUACGCCGUCAGUACUGCGGUAGAUUCGAGUCCAGCACUUGGUCUUGGCUGGCGGAUUGGAUUCUUAGGAAUUUUACACAUGGAAGUGUUCAUUCAGCGUCUGGAGCAGGAAUAUGGUACUCAACCAAUAGUUACAGCGCCGAAUGUCACUUACAAAGCAAAAGUCAUUGGUGAUAAAAAUAUCGCUAAAUAUGGAGGCGAAGAAAUGUCUUUCAACAAUCCGAUACACAUGCCUGACCCGUCCAUUGUUUCUGAUUACUAUGAGCCAACGGUGUUAGGUACCAUCAUAACACCAGACGAGUAUUUGGGGCCUGUAACGACACUCGCCAUGGAAAAGAGGGGUUUGCACAAAUCAGGGUCAAACAUUGAUAGCCACAGAGUUAUGCUACAGUUCGCUUUUCCCUUGAACGAGAUUGUUGUGGAUUUUCAUGAUACCCUCAAGUCGAUCACCUCUGGAUAUGCCAGCUUUGACUAUGAAGACUUGGGAUAUCAAGCAUCAAACAUAGUCAGAUUGAACAUUUUAUUGAACGGAACCCUCGUUGAAGAGCUAAGUACAGUAGUUCACUGUACAAAAGCCACUUUGGUUGGAAAACGAAUGUGCACUAAGCUAUUGGACAUACUUCCUAGACAACAAUUUUUAAUUGCUAUUCAAGCGGCGGUAGGAAACAAGAUAUUGGCCAGGGAGAAUUUGAAGCCUUACAGAAAGGAUGUUACGGCAAAAUUGUACGGUGGAGACGUCACAAGGAGAAAAAAAUUGCUAGCCUUUCAGGCAGACGGAAAGCGAAAACUGCGUAUGGUAGCGAACAUCCCAAUACCAAGGGAAACUUUUAUAAAUGUCCUCAAAAGAUAAAAGAUAUGAAUCGUUAAAAAUAUCCCUAGCAGUCUCUGCUAUUAAUACUUUUGUAAGCCUGUAAUCAACAAUGUGGUCGCAUUAAAUCGUAUCAAAUUCUUGA